GUUCGUAAUGGCGACGAUGGCAGUCGAGGAGGGAGGCUUAGACAGAAUUCUUCACCUUCAAUGACAGUACAAAAGAUUGUUCCAGAUGGCCAAUGCCAGCCGGUACUUUCGAAAGAGCAUCUCCGUCUGGCGUUGCGGCUGUUCCGGCAAGAGGCGACUCUACCCCAGGGAAACCCCGCACUCUGUCAGAGAACAGAAAGUCCUCCAAGCCAAUCAUGGAGAAGCGGCGACGCGCGCGCAUCAAUGAGAGCCUGGGUCAGCUGAAGACCCUCAUCCUGGACGCGCUCAAGAAAGACAGCUCCAGGCACUCCAAGCUGGAGAAGGCCGACAUCCUGGAGAUGACGGUAAAGCACCUGAGGAACCUCCAGCGGCUUCAGAUGACAGCGGCUUUAAACAUAGACCCAUCCAUCCUGGGGAAGUACCGAGCUGGAUUCAGCGAGUGCGUCGGAGAGGUUACCCGUUUCCUGUCCACAUGUGAAGGGGUCACGGCCGAGGUGAGGACUCGCCUCCUCGGCCACCUGGCGGCCUGUGUGACCCAGAUUAACCUGUAUGGACCUCACCUGGGCGACCUGGGACAGACCAGCAGUACACAGAUCACCGCGCCCCUCAAGGGCGGCUCACUGUCCCCCGAAGCCAUGAAACUGUACGGAGGCUUCCAGGUGGUGACAUCUCCACACGGACACUUUGCGUUUCUUAUUCCCGGCGCAGCUCUCACACCUCUGAGUGUACAAAACAGCCAUCAUGUGUCACCUGUCGCACCUGCUGUCACCUCAGACUCUGUGUGGAGACCAUGGUAGGAACCAUGGAGGGGGAAAAAAUUGACAAUAAGACAAUGAAUCCUAUUGUACAUUUUGUAAAUACUUUAGGGAAUAUUUCUUAACAGAUUCUUUUAUCUACAUUUGUAUUGGGAAGAGAUUUUAGUCGACAUAUAAAAUGCUGAUUGUUCUUUAAAGCACUGCCUGUACAUAAAUAAA